CUUGGGUAUCCGAGUUCUUGGAAUAGAGCUAUGCCCGAUGUAAAAUUUUGUAACAUACUACCGCGAUCGUUGGAGAGAUUGAUGGUUGGUUGUAGUGAUAGCCCGAUUGAGGAAGAGCAUUUGAAGGAAUUGAUAUUGGCGAGAGAUGAGAGGUUUCCCCGGUUGAAGAAAAUAGAGGUGAAGUGGCGAGGGAUUAAAGAUCCCGGGGGGUUAAAGAGAGACUAUAAUACAAAAGGGGUAGAUCUUUUAUUAUGGGAGUGAAAGCUGAUCAAGAAAUAAGAAAGUUUACUGCGC